CUUUGGUGUUUCGUCGUUAAAGUUUGCUAACGGCGCCUAUGGCACAAAAAGCUACAGCCCGUUCUUCAUGACAGUUUCCCGCCUGUGGUCGUGGGAGCUUAAUGCGCCUGUUAGCGCAGUGUCCGAUGCGUGCUGCGUCCUUUAAGCGGUUUUAGUCUCGGUUUCUGUUUCAGGUGAACAUGGAGCAGGCAGCCAGCGGCAGCUCGGAGCCUCUCCAGCGACCUGACGGUAACGCUUGUUGUGUACAAUGGCGCAACUGGAUCGGAUUUUGGCUCCUCGGUUUGUGCAACAACUUUGCGUAUGUGGUAAUGCUGAGCGCUGCACAUGACAUCCUAAAAAAACAAGAAUCACAGAAUGACACAGCAUCUACUUCAGCCUCACUGCACGUGGACUUCCAAGUUAGGAACAGCAGCAACAGUAGCAUCUAUGACUGCAACCCCGUCUCCACCUCGGCGGUGCUGUUGGCUGACAUCCUGCCCACACUCUUCAUCAAACUGUCCGCUCCCUUUAUGAUCCACAAAAUGCCUUAUGGUGUUCGAGUGCUGGUCUGUGCCGGCGUGGCAGCUCUGAGUUUCCUCCUGGUGUCCUUCUCCUCGGCUGUGUGGAUGAGUCUUCUCGGAGUGAUCUUUGCCAGCAUCAGCUCGGGACUCGGGGAGCUGUCCUUCCUCUCUCUGACUGUCUUCUUCAGCAGGAAAGUACUGGGAGGCUGGGGCUCAGGCACUGGUGCUGCUGGUCUUUUUGGAUCCCUCCUUUACACAGUCCUCAUCCAAGGUGGCCUCUCACCCCAGCUCACACUUCAGAUCAUGCUGGUUGUCCCGUUGACUAUGUUGAUAAGUUAUUUCUGCCUGUUAGUCCGUCCACCUUCCUUACCUCAGUGGAGGAGCAGAGAGACUGAGUACACCGCUGUGGUCUCAGAGGACAGACGGCGACUUGUGGACAGUUCUGAAGAAGAGGAGCAAGAGAAAUCCACCACAGAAGACCAAACCACCGGGCCUCUCAGUUUCAAAGAGAGAAUCCACGUCAUCAGAGGCUUGCUGAUGAGGUUUAUGAUUCCCCUGGGGAUAGUCUACUUCGCUGAGUACUUCAUCAACCAGGGUUUGAUGGAACUGCUGUUCUUCCACAAUUUUUACCUGUCCCAUGCGGCUCAGUAUCGCUGGUAUCAGACGCUGUACCAGCUUGGUGUACUCAUCUCUCGAUCCUCCCUGUGCUGCCUGAAGAUCAGGAAACUCUGGGUUCUCAGUGUGCUGCAGGUGGUCAAUGCGGUGUUCCUCUGCUUUGCUGUACGUUACCAGUUCCUGCCCAGUGCCUGGGUGGUGUUUGCUAUUAUCCUCUAUGAGGGUCUGCUGGGUGGAGCUGCGUAUGUCAACACCUUCCACUUCAUCAGCAAGGAGGCUGAAGACAGACACAGGGAGUUUGCCAUGGCUGCUGCCAGCGUUGGAGACAGUGUGGGGAUAGCUCUGGCUGGACUUGCAGGUUUCUUUGUCCACAGUUACUUCUGCUCCCUAUAACCAAGCCCACACACCGACCAGCACCAGGAAUAAGCAAGACGUGGGCGUGUUUGAUUUCUUUUCUUUUUUUCUUUUUUUUUUUUUACUGGAAAUGUGUUGGACACAAAAAGCAGACAUAAAAACUUUACAUAAAAUGCCUACAUGAAAACAUUGAGUCCCCAUCCUGUACUUGAUGCAUAUUUAUAGCCACUGGAUAUGCUGUGAGCAGCCAUGAUCACACACUAAGCACAAACUCAUGUGAGGAAAACUGAUUGUAAAGAACACGUUGUUCUGCUGAGCGCUGUCACAGUGCUGUCCCUUCCUGUGGUUCACUGGAGGAAAGCUUUUAAUGUGAAAGCAGGGCAGGAUGAUGUUUUUGAAAGGGCUAAUUUGGCAUAAAUGAAAUAUGAAUGCCACACAUUUAAAGUCACAAAACAGGAGAUGUAAUCAGACUAGUUUAAAUAGUGGUAACUAAAGAGUAUGGUGUAAGAAACACUUGCAUUUGCCUUAAAAUAUGGUAAAUGGACUAGUUCUUAUAUAGUGCUUUUCUACUCAGAUAUGAGCACUCAAAGCGCUUAUACAACACGUUCACAUUUACCCCAUGCACACGCAUUCAUACAAGCACUU